AGAAGUUGGUGAGGCCAUAAAGGCAGUGAUAUGCGGUGAAAAUUGUCAGUAAGGGGAUCGGAGAAUUGGCAAAUAUUUGCAGUGAACGACAAUGGUGGUGAAGGUUUAUGGGCCGGACUUUGCUUCCCCAAAGCGUGUGAUUGUGUGUCUUAUUGAAAAAGAGAUUGAGUUUGAGACUGUCCCUGUAGAUUUGCUCAAAGGAGAGCACAAACAACCUGAAUUUCUCAAGUUGCAGCCUUUCGGAACAGUUCCUGUUGUUCAAGAUGGAGACUAUACUUUAUUUGAAUCUCGUGCCAUCAUUAGGUACUAUGCAGAAAAAUACAAGUCACAGGGAACUGAUCUUCUGGGAAAGACAAUAGAGGAAAGGGGUCUAGUGGAAAAUUGGCUAGAGGUUGAGGCACAAAGCUACAACCCUCCAAUUUUCGCCCUAACUCUUCAAAUCCUGUUUUCUCCCAAGUUGGGGUUUCCUCGUGAUGAAAAUUUGAUCGAAGAGAGUGAGGAAAAGCUUGCCAAAGUGCUGGAUAUUUAUGAGGAGAGGCUGUCAAAGAGCAAGUACUUAGCUGGUGAUUGCUUCAGCCUUGCUGACCUUAGCCACCUGCCAUUUACUCAGUACUUGGUGGGCCCAAUGGGAAAGGAAUACAUGAUAAAGAGCAGGAAGCAUGUGAGUGCUUGGUGGGAUGAUAUUAGCAGCAGACCUUCCUGGCAAAAGGUUCUCCAGCUCUAUUCUGCUCCUGUUUAAAAAUAUGAAAUGAGGCAAUUUCAGAUGUGCCUUUUGAAUAAGGUCUACUUUGUUUUAGCUGUUUGCUUUCAGAUCUUGGUUUAUCUGUGUUUUGAGAACUUAUCAUCAUCCUAUGUUGCCAUACUAUAAUCCAAUAACAUGAUGAUUGGGGUGUUUUCUUUUAUA